AUGAGCCUAUAUACCGACACGACGCAAUCCAUCGGCCAACAGGGAAGGGAUGAUGCGACUCCUCAGUUGACGAGCAGGCCAGGCAACGAUAGCGAUGCAACACCACGGGUCGGCGCUCAGCUGGACACCGAUCAGAAAGACGACGGAACCAGGAAGAGAUCGUUGUUCAGUUUUGGCAAGAAGAAGAAGGAACAGCUCAGCGCAUCUGAGAAGGCUACAGCUGCGGCGUCUACGGCCCCUACCGACCAAGCAUUCGCCGCCCCAGUGUCUCCUGGUCGGGGUCUCUCCAGCUCGCCGAGGUUAGCAUCUCCAGCCGGCUCGCAGAUUUUUGAGCGUGACGUCGACACCAUGGAGAUCCUUCCGCAGUCGCCUGCCAAUGCUGGCAUUCCCUCGCACAUUCGAACCGAGAACCACAUUCCGCCCGUUCUCGAUGCUUCGUCGGAAGCCAUUACCGAUACCCGCCUUGACCCUGACAGUGUCGAGAUCAUCACGCAUGCCCAACACCUGCCUGCCUCGGUCACGGUAACUGGCGGUCCUCAGUCCACUCAGCCCUCGCUGGAGCAGCUGGCGGCAUCUUGGGCGGAAGAGUUCGGAUCUACCGGGGAUCGUGAGCUAGAUGGCGCCUCAAUCUACAAUUCUCUCGACAACGCCGAUGUUCGCAGACUGAGCUUCAUCUCCUUUGCGGACGUGGUGCAAGCUGAGCACGCGGUUGCGCCCAAUGCCUCGCGGGACUCUGUCACCAUCGCCGGGCUCACUUCACUCUCUGUCAAUCGUUCGCCGUCGCCUGUCUUGUCGCCCAUGUCAUCGCCAGGCGAGGUCGGUACUUCGCCCCCCACUAGCAACCCCGGCUCAAUCAAAGGGUUCGAGUUGUCGCCCAAACGAAAGCCAGUCGGCAGCCCCAUCCCGUCUCAGCACGCUGGUAAUGGCGACCUCAAUGUUGAAACCAUGACGCAGGCACUCCGGCGCACGGCGAGCACUGAUCUGAGCGGCGCUCGUAGCCUUCCGAUUAGUCCGAUAGAAGGACCCUCUCGAUGA